CUGAUGAGUCACGUCGAGAAGCAGCGCUACGACGGCUGGUACAACAAUCUGGCCCAUCCGGACUGGGGAGCUGUCGACAAUCAUCUCACACGGAAAGCCCCAUCGGCCUACUCGGAUGGCGUGUAUGUUAUGGCUGGCGCAAAUCGACCAUCACCGCGUAAACUCAGUCGGCUGUUUAUGCGUGGAACAGACGGCUUACCGUCGAUGGAUAACCGCACGGCGCUGUUGGCGUUCUUCGGCCAGGUGGUAACGAACGAGAUCGUCAUGGCGUCGGAAUCGGGCUGCCCGAUCGAAAUGCAUCGAAUAGAGAUCGAGAAGUGCGAUGAAAUGUACGACCGUGAGUGUCGUGGUGAUCGGUACAUCCCCUUUCACCGAGCUGCCUAUGAUCGUAACACGGGGCAAAGUCCGAAUGCACCGCGCGAGCAGAUCAAUCAGAUGACGGCUUGGAUCGACGGUAGCUUCAUCUACAGCACGUCCGAGGCAUGGCUGAAUGCGAUGCGCUCGUUCCAGGACGGAGCACUGCUGACCGACAAGCAAGGAACGAUGCCGGUUAAGAACACGAUGCGCGUUCCGCUGUUCAAUAAUCCCGUCCCGCACGUCAUGCGUAUGCUGAGCCCAGAACGGUUGUACCUCCUGGGAGAUCCACGAACGAACCAAAAUCCGGCCCUGCUCUCGUUUGCCAUCUUAUUCCUUCGCUGGCACAAUGUGGUUGCGAAGCGCGUCCGGCGGCAACACCGUGACUGGAGCGACGAGGAAAUAUUCCAGCGGGCCCGCCGUGUGGUAAUCGCAAGUUUGCAGAACGUCGUUGCGUACGAGUAUUUGCCCGCAUUUCUGGACAAGGAGCUACCGCCGUACGAUGGAUACAAAACGGACACGCAUCCCGGUGUAAGCCACAUGUUCCAAGCUGCCGCCUUUCGGUUCGGCCACUCACUCAUUCCGCCCGGACUGUUUCGACGAGAUGGUCAGUGCAACUUCCGGCGAACCAACAUGGAUUUUCCUGCCCUUCGCUUGUGUUCGACUUGGUGGAACUCUAACGAUGUACUCGAUAAUACGCCCGUAGAGGAGUUUAUCAUGGGCAUGGCUUCGCAGAUUGCCGAAAAAGAAGACCCUCUACUCUGUUCCGAUGUGCGCGAUAAACUGUUCGGACCCAUGGAAUUUACCCGCCGAGAUCUUGGAGCUUUAAACAUAAUGCGUGGCCGCGACAAUGGCCUUCCGGAUUAUAACACGGCCAGAGCGGCUUAUCGUUUACCCAAGAAAACUACGUGGCGCGACAUUAAUCCACAAGUGUUCGAUCGUCAGCCAGAACUGUUGGAAUUGCUGAUAAAUACAUACGAAAACCGUUUGGAUAAUGUAGAUGUCUACGUCGGAGGUAUGUUAGAGUCAAAUGGUCGUCCAGGGGAAUUGUUUUCGGCAGUUAUCAACGAUCAAUUCACCAGAAUCCGCGAUGCCGAUCGGUUUUGGUUUGAGAAUGAAGAUAAUGGUAUAUUCACGAAAGAAGAGAUUGCAGAAAUACGCAAGUUUACACUCUGGGACAUCAUAGUCAACAGUACGGACAUUGAGGGUGACGAAAUACAGCGCGAUGUGUUCCAUUGGAAAGUAGGUGAUCCUUGCCCGCAACCUGAGCAGCUGAAUGCCACCCUUCUAGAGCCGUGCAACUACCUCGAGGGCUACGACUACUUCUCCGGUUCGGAGCUGGCGUACAUUUACUCAUGCGUCUUUUUGGGCUUCGUACCGAUUCUUUGCGCCGGCGCCGGGUACUGCGUUAUUAAGCUGCAGAACAGUCGGCGACGCAAGCUGAAGAUCAAGCAAGAAGCCAUGAAGAACAAUGGCACCAGUAAGAUCUCGGUAGAGAAGAGUGUGGCCCGUGAAUGGUUGCACGCGAACCAUAAGCGGCUGGUGACGGUUAAGUUUGGACCGGAGUCGGCAAUCUAUACGGUCGAUCGUAAGGGUGAGAAGCUGCGCACCUUCAGCCUGAAAAAUGUCGAUGUGGUCACAGUUGAGCAGUCUCAGGAAAACUACAAGAAAAAGAAACCCUACAUUUUGCUGCGCGUCCCGAAUGAUCACGAUUUGGUGCUAGAACUGGAGUCCAACUCGGCCCGCCGUAAAUUCGUGAAAAAGCUGGAAGAUUUCUUGGUGUUGCACAAAAAAGCGAUGACGUUCGUCGAGUCGAACCGCGAUUUGAUGCUGGCAAAGGCAGAAACCCGCGAACGACGGCAGAAGCGGCUGGAGCACUUCUUCCGCGAAGCGUAUGCUCUAACGUUUGGCUUGCGGCCUGGAGAACGCCGACGCCGAUCCGAUGCGUCGCUAGACGGGGAGGUUAUGACGGUGAUGCGAACUAGUCUCUCGAAGUCGGAAUUUGCGUCGGCAUUGGGCAUGAAGCAAGACGAUAUGUUUGUGCGAAAAAUGUUCAACAUUGUCGAUAAAGAUAAAGAUGGCAGAAUAUCAUUCCAGGAAUUUUUGGAAACAGUUGUAUUGUUCUCGAGAGGCAAAACCGAUGAUAAACUCCGAAUUAUAUUCGAUAUGUGCGAUAACGAUCGUAACGGUGUCAUCGAUAAGGGAGAGCUAUGCGAUAUGAUGCGAUCUCUGGUGGAGAUUGCUCGUACAACAAGUGUCACGGAUGAUCAAGUGAACGAGCUAAUUGAUGGAAUGUUUCAGGAUGUCGGUUUGGAGCAUAAAAACCAUCUCACUUACGAGGAUUUUAAGCUUAUGAUGAAGGAAUACAAAGGAGACUUUGUGGCCAUCGGUUUGGAUUGCAAGGGUGCCAAACAAAACUUCCUCGAUACAUCUACGAACGUUGCCCGCAUGACAUCGUUCCAUAUCGAGCCAGUUUCUGACUCACGCCGCCACUGGAUGCAGGAAAAGUGGGAUAGCUACACAACGUUUCUCGAGGAGAACCGUCAAAAUAUUUUCUACCUGUUCGUGUUCUACGUCAUUACGAUUGUGCUUUUUGUUGAGCGAUUUAUACACUACUCGUUCAUGGCCGAGCAUACUGAUCUUCGGCACAUUAUGGGCGUGGGCAUUGCGAUUACUCGUGGAUCGGCAGCAUCACUUUCGUUUUGCUACUCACUGCUGCUUCUCACGAUGUCUAGGAAUCUUCUUACCAAACUUAAGGAGUUUCCAAUCCAACAGUACAUCCCAUUGGAUUCACACAUACAGUUCCACAAGAUUGCCGCCUGCACGGCAUUGUUCUUUUCGCUGCUACAUACGGUUGGGCAUAUUGUAAACUUCUAUCACGUUUCGACACAAUCGAUCGAAAACCUCAAGUGUCUCACUAAAGAGGUCCAAUUCACGUCCGACUACCGGCCGGACAUAACGUACUGGUUGUUCCAAACGGUUACUGGCGUAACAGGAGUUAUGCUUUUCGUGACGAUGUGCAUCAUUUUCGCUUUCGCACAUCCAACCAUUCGCAAGAAAGCUUACAAGUUCUUCUGGAAUGCGCACUCGCUGUACGUACUGCUGUACGUCUUGUGCCUAAUUCAUGGCCUUGCCCGUCUGACCGGCGCUCCAAGGUUCUGGUUGUUCUUCAUCGGUCCAGGCAUCGUGUACACGCUGGAUAAGAUUGUGUCACUGCGCACGAAAUACAUGGCGUUGGAUGUAAUCGAAACGGACCUCCUGCCAUCCGAUGUGAUCAAGAUCAAGUUCUAUCGUCCGCCCAACCUCAAGUACCUUUCCGGCCAAUGGGUACGGCUGUCGUGCACGGAAAUCAAGCCCGAGGAGAUGCAUAGCUUCACACUAACGUCUGCACCACACGAAAACUUCCUUAGCUGCCACAUCAAGGCGCAAGGACCGUGGACAUGGAAGCUGCGCAACUAUUUCGAUCCCUGCAACUAUAAUCCUGACGAUCAACCUAAGAUACGCAUCGAGGGACCGUUCGGCGGCGGUAAUCAGGAUUGGUACAAGUUCGAAGUAGCCGUCAUGGUCGGUGGAGGUAUCGGCGUCACGCCGUAUGCCUCUAUCCUGAACGAUCUCGUAUUUGGCACCAGCACCAACCGGUACUCGGGAGUAGCGUGUAAGAAAGUAUACUUCUUGUGGAUCUGUCCCUCACACAAACACUUCGAAUGGUUCAUCGAUGUGCUUCGCGAUGUGGAGAAAAAAGAUGUUACCAACGUGCUAGAAAUCCACAUCUUUAUCACUCAGUUUUUCCACAAAUUUGACCUACGCACGACGAUGCUGUACAUAUGUGAGAACCAUUUCCAGCGCCUAUCGAAAACGUCUAUGUUCACCGGAUUGAAAGCAGUCAAUCACUUUGGCCGACCCGACAUGUCCAGCUUUCUUAAAUUUGUACAAAAGAAGCACUCUUAUGUUUCCAAAAUAGGGGUGUUCUCGUGUGGUCCUCGUCCUCUCACGAAGAGUGUCAUGUCGGCAUGCGACGAAGUGAAUAAAAGCCGCAAGUGGCCAUACUUCAUACAUCACUUUGAAAACUUUGGCUAAACAUUUCAAAACAAUGUCCACCAACGGCCAUAGAGCUUUCGACUUUUCCAUUGGGCUUUAAAAAGAGUCAUUCAUUUUUUCGUGUAUUUCACUGCGGAUACUGUCCUAUCAAAAACACAUUCGUGCUUGAUGUAAUGUUGUGAGUUUUAUGUUUGAUUGUACAGUUUGUUUGCUCAUAUUCUGCGUGAACGGUCGUUCUGCGUGAUGCGUUGUGCAAUUCGCAAUUCAGUAUUUUUGUAUGUUUGUACUACUUUCGUAUCUUUUGUUUGUGUGUUUUCGAAAGUGUCUUAAGCAGGAUACUCUAGGGAGGGAUCAAAUUUAGCAGCAUUUGUUAGGUUAGUCAUUCAGAAGGACAUUCUCGAUUCUAUUCUUGCGUAAUAACUGCCUAAAAGGCUUAUUUAUUUCGCCUCGACACAAUCGCUGCGCAAUCAUGGUCGAGCUGAGGUGAAGUCAACUCCAUCCCCAGGAUAUCAGAAGCCUAGCCGUUAAUCUAAUGUUUGUUUGAUUCAUUCGUUUAGUAAAUGUAAAAAUAAUUAUUGUCUAGUUCGCUUUACGAAAAAGAUUAUGCAGGGAAAACAAAAAAAAGAUCAUAGAUGAACUACUACCAUUUCAGAAUGAGUGAUAUUAUCUAUACAAGUUAUCGCAACCUUUUUAAUAAUCCAAACGGCUAUCUACAGCUGUGCACUAUAUAGACAAGAAUCAGCAGUGGAAAAUGAGUAGCCAUGAGUGAUUAAUGUUAUUUUUAUGCUGGACCUUCUUUACCAUCUUUACUGCCAGAAAGAAUACCAUUUGUGUUUAUGCAGCGUUGAGUUCAACCCUGAUUAUUGCAAUAUUUUCUACGUUCAACGAUGUGUUUUGCUCAUGCCCAAGCAUUGUUGGCUUUAUUGAGGAAGAAACGAUAUUAGAGCGUAAGCUAAUAAUCAAUGUAAAUAUGCA